GAACUCAAAGGUAAAAUUAUGCCAAUGCAUAUGUGCAAUAAAAAUGGUUUAUCUUUAUAUGUGAAUAGCAACAGAAUCGCAUAAUUCACAUUUAGUAUGCUUGUAUAUUAUUUACUUUACUUAUUUAUUUACAGUAGAUAACGUGUUUUGAAUGGCUUAGCCUAACUCAAUUACUUGUAAUUGACCAUUUUUUAAAAUAAUCAUAAUAAUUUGACAAGAUCGUUAACAAGCCCCUUUUCGGUGACAGACACGGUAAGCGAUCUGGGAAUGUCAUCUCCCGAACCGGAGAGAGCAGCGGGGGCAGAGGGUCAGAGGAAGAGGAAGAGGACCAGGACCAUUUUCAGUCGCGCGCAACUGUCGGAGCUGGAGCGAGCCUUCGUGGUAACGCCGUAUCCCGACAUAACGUUACGAGAGAGGCUUGCGGCACUCACCCACCUUCCAGAAAGCAAGAUACAAGUAUGGUUCCAGAAUAGGCGAGCUCGUAGUACAAAGAGUGGCAGACUCAGCAGACCACUGAGGAGGAGUCCCGCUGGAGUCAUGGGGCCAGACUGCUGUCCCACUCCCAGUAUCAGCCGUAAAGGACCUGCCCUCGGUCCUGCAAUACCAGCACCAGGAGCUCGCAGAUCUGAGCCAUGCUGGGGAAAUGUUGGUGAGCAGUUCUGCUCUGACUGGGUUGUGCAACAACGCACCCCCAUGCAUCAUCAGUCACCCCAGCUGCCUCCUCGAACCUCUUCUGACCACCCUAAAUCCUUAAUAUGGGAUGACAGAAGCAACUCACACAUGGGAUGCUGUAAGAGCAUUGGGAGGCCCAGCCAACCAGCCCAGGAGCAGUUGGGUCGGUUCAGUCAGCCUUGUGCCGCCACGCUGGGGGAUGGGCCCCCAAGACCCCAGCCUCACUCUGCUACCCCAGCGAAGGAUGGGUGUAGCUCCCUGGACCAAGUGGUUCCCAUUCAUUCGCAGCAAAGAUACUGGAACAUAGAGCAAGACUAUCAUACUGCAAAUGGGGGUCAGACCUCACUGGGCUACAUCUCUGAUCUGAUCUAUAAUGCUGCUGUUGUCACCAAUCGGCUGGAAUUCUGAUUCCUCUCAUAUAAUGACCCCCCCCCCCCCCACCACCACAACCACGGUUUGCUUCCAUAGUCUCUAAGGGCAGAGUAGUGACUGCAGUUAUGAGAGCAGUCACCUAAUCUGUGAAAUAUGGAUAGGAAUCUUCCUAUUUCUCCUGUAAUAGGGGAGCCAGGAGAGUUUGGGCUUACAAGUGCUACAGUUCUAUUCAUCACCUGAUUACAAGUUUGUGUCUAUGCUGUGGCUAAAUAUGGCAAACUGAACGUUACCUACGUCAACUGAUCUCUUUUAAAUUGAUAUUUGCAAUUUUGCUUGUAGAUACAAUGUGAAGUUUGUAUUUAAAUCUAAAUCUAUUUGAAGUGACUUUGAUGGGCAUGGGUUCAUUUUUAACAUUUAUUUUAGCAACUUUUAGAAGAAAAAGAAAAAAAUCUUAUGGAUCUGUCUAAAUAUAUAAUUGUUUUAGUGUGAUGAUUAUUUGAAAGGGGAGUAUUGAUGCCCUCUGGUUUCAGCUAUUAUAUAAGAGCACAGAGAACCGGGACAUCAUAAAGCCAAGGUAUUGCAGAGACAACUAACAUAAGUCAACAUAAAAGUACAAGAGUCCUUUAUAACAAGUUAAGUAACCUAAAACAAUAGCUCUUUUACUCAUACACAUACUGGCUCACACAUCUUUUCCAAAGAAAAUGUUUCAAGUGCCUCUUUAUUACAAUUUCGUAUACGAAAUUGAUACACAGAGAAUGCAUCAUAUAGUUAUUUGUUGGAAUUUUUCAGAAAAAAAAAUGUUUCUAUGGUGAAAGAAAAGUAAAUCUAAAGAUAGAAAAAACUGAAAAGAAAGGUUAGAUUUCUAUCGGCUUAUGAGCUGUUUAAUUCCGACUGGAUUUAAAAUGCUGUGUGCAGUAUUAUAUAUACAAGUUAUUAUUGUGAUAAUGUGACGAAAGCCCUAAGAGUUCAGGAUUGUGAGCUUGCCAUAUAAUAACAAUCCUUAAUA